CACUGACUGAACGAACGGUCAUAUCAUAUCAGCCAGUUCACGUCCGUCGGCUGAUCGUGGACAUCGAUAGUAGUAUAAUCUUGUGUUAGUUUUAACCUAUUACGCUUAUAGUUACUUGCAAUUAUUAUGCAUUUCUAGUAAAAUGCGUUUGUCAAGAGUGUAUUAGAAAUCGAACUUACCACUAAAUAAUAGUCUAAACGUCUACAAUGUGAGGUUGACAUUACAUAUUGUUAUGAUGUGAUGAAACGCAAGUAAACUACGAAAGUCUUGUGUGCUUCUUUAAGAUAUUUUCAUAAAAAUGAGACAUGCAUCCGACCGAAAUGCAAAAAAGUGUGUCGGUGCAAGUAGACAGUGAUUUCGCUUUGCUGCUACCGAGUGGUGUAUACGAAAUUAAGAAAAUGGAGCCAAGAUCGAAACUACGAAAAGUAAUACUGUUCUGUUUACUACUCUCUUUAUUCGGAAUGGUUGCAUUCGGAUAUUUCUGCCCAGAUCAGGUGUGCGCCGUGACGCCCCGGGAGCGGGUGGCGGAGCCGGCCGCGCUCACCUACGCGGAGGCGCCCGGCCGGCCGCUCCCCGACGCUAUGGCUCAGCGCGGCCUCUCCUACGAUGAAGUGCUCCAUGAUGACUUUCGUUUCGACCUGAAUGCGCACGACGUCAUGGUCUUCCUGCACAUACAGAAAACUGGCGGCACCUCGUUCGGGAAACACCUGGUUAUGGACUUGGAUCUAAAGAGGCCGUGUAACUGUCAGAGAGCGAGAAAACGAUGCCAUUGUUUUCGUCCGCAUAGCAACGAAAUAUGGCUUUUCUCGAGAUACUCUACAGGAUGGAAAUGCGGAUUGCACGCUGACUUCACAGAGCUGACGGCGUGCGUGGGCAGCGAGCUGGACCGGCACGAGGGCUCGGCCGUGCACAGGAGAUACUUCUACAUCACCCUACUGCGGGAGCCUGUCUCUAGAUACCUAUCGGAGUACCGGCACGUGAAGCGCGGCGCGACGUGGAAGGGCUCCCGGCAUUGGUGCCAGGGCCGCACAGCCACUGCCCUGGAGGUGCCGGCGUGCUACAGCGGCGAGACGUGGCGCGCGGUGACGCUGGAGGAGUUCGCGGCGUGCCCGUGGAACCUGGCCAACAACCGGCAGACGCGCAUGCUGGCCGACCUGGCGCUUGUGGGCUGCUACAACGGCACGCUGCGCCACCGCACGCCCGACUCCGACCGCGUGCUGCUCGCCUCCGCCAAGCGCAACCUCGCCGCCAUGGCCUACUUCGGCCUCACCGAGUACCAGAAGAUAUCGCAGUACGUGUUCGAGGAGACGUUCAACCUGCGGUUCGCGGUGCCGUUCACGCAGCACAACGCGACGGUGUCGGGCGCCACGCUGGCCGCGCUCUCGCCCGCGCAGGUGCAGCACAUCAAGCAGCUCAACUCGCUCGACCUAGAGCUUUACGAGUUCGCCAAGAACCUCAUGUUCAAGAGGUUCGAGGCCCUGAAGAAGCGUGAUGCGGACUUCGAGUACCGCUGGCGGCACCUCGGCGAGGUGGCCCCGCGCAGCGGCGUCACGGAGUUCGACUGGGACAGCAACCUCGAGGACGCCACCACCGAGAAGCACCGCGGCCGGCGGUAAGCGCCCGCACUAGUCAACCACCACCCUCCCCUCUUCUCCCCUCCCCUACCUAAUACCUAUUAACUACGCCAACGCGUCAUUCGUAUAAAUCGUUUCAAAGCUACACCAGUUAAUACUAUAAACUCUAAAUGUUAAAAUAGGUCUGUACAAAUAUCUUCGUGCGGAACUAGUGUUCUGCUGAUUAUUUUAGAUUCUUCAUGAAAUCCUUGUCUUUAAGCUAUCUUAAAUAUUAUUUUAUGAUAAGUUUCGUAGACGUUGGCAUCUACACAUUGUGCUAUAAUUCCAUCCCUUGUAAUUAUAAUGUCUAAAUAUAAAUUAUAUUUUAUCCCGUUGUUGUAUGAAAAGAAUGUUAACGUUGAAACAGGGUAGGUAAUGCAUCUAGGAUGAGCCCAACGAAGUAGCCUUUAAUGUAAUUAUCGGGAAAAUGAUGAGUGACAUGACUUAUAAGAGUUAUAAGAUACCUGAUGUCUAGGAUUUCUUUAUAGAAUCACUUUAAUAUGGAUUAUAUGAUGAAGACCGACAGGUCUAUGUAUUUAAUAUGUAUCAUCAGCGAUAUUUUAUUUUUUAUAUAUUUACGUCGUAUUGGAUACUGUAUUGGUUCUAAAAAUACUCUUAUUAUAAUUUUAAUAGUCUCAUUUUAAUUAGCCAAAGAUCAAAAAAUGGAAAUAAGUAAGUCAUACUCAAGAUAAUUGUAACAGUUUUACAUAAGUACGUGAAUAAGGUUCACUUUUGAAAGGUAGCUGUAGGGGCGUCGCGUGGCUGAGUGUAAAGCUCGCAGCGGGCUGGCCGGUGCCGGCCGCGUAGUGGGGUUGCCACGACACGUGUCGCGUAUAUAACUAUACUAGUACGCCAAGUCUGGCGAGCCGGAGCGCUGCCGAUGCCGUGCCGGUCCAAACAACUUCUAGGCGACACCUGUAGUACUCACGGUGAUCUGCUGCUCCCUUAACUGGCAAACAACGCGGCUCACAAGCGAUGUUAUGUUGUUGCGCUCUAUCGAAAAUUAUAAACCAUUUAUUUGUACAGGUGUAACAAGCAUAAAGCGUAAUGCGCUGAACAAAUUUUUAAGAGCUGAUUUCAAGCGUAGAAGUAAUUCUCUUAACAGACGAUUACUUAAUCCCUCAGCCACGAAAUGGGGUCCUUACCUAAAAAGUUACUGUCAGCUUUAUUAAACAAAAGUGUUCUAUGUGUUGUUGUUAAAAUAAUUUGGCCGACCGUUUUAGUUUCGUCCAAUUAUAAUUUACAUAUCUUUAUCAAUUAGGUUAGAGUGUUAAUAUAAGUAGGUUAUUAUUAAAUCACUUAAGUGAUCUCUCAAACCGAGCACACGACAAGGCAGCGGCUAAAAGAAUAAGGUUGUAAUUAUUCAUUCGCGAACAAGUUACUAAAUAUAUAUUAGUUUAAAGAUGUCUUCAAGUUGCACAUACUGUUGUAUUGCAUAAAGCAAUAGAUUUUAACAAGCAGUCACUUUCACUAAUGGCAUGUGCUGCGACGUUUCUAAUUUCAAAUAGCAUUCAGCGUUCAUACAAGCGUAUAAAUUAAUCGUUCAACAAAUUCAACUGCUGGAAGUUACACGUGACGUGAAGCACAUGAAUAGGUAUAAGUUCACUGCUAUAUCUAAACCGGCCCGUGGCAAAGGCUUAAUACCAACAACUGGUAAAGCAAAUGUUAUACUGUUAGAAGAACUUAUGUAUUUACAGUCAAGUGUAAAAAUAUAGGUUAACAAAAGUUCCUCAAAAAUGUAUCCAAUACAUAGCUUAUUUCGUAGUCAUAGUUGACCAACUUUUAACACCCAUAAAUAUUUCUACACGUGACUGUAGACAUUUUUGUUAAUGACAAAGUAUUUUGUUUCGGUUAAUUCACAGAGCUAAGCAGUAUUUUUAAAACUAUUUUUUUCAAUUAUUCAAUUGCAUUCGCUUGUAGUUACUAUGUUGCAUAUAAUGGAUUAAGAUAUAUAUAUAUAUAAUUAUAUUACUUAAUAGGUUUUUCAAAAAACCCAUAAGUAGUAAGUGCAGCUACAGUCAAUCUGAUACUCGCGAGCAGCUCACAUAGGCACUUGCAAUCCUUUGUUAAGAUUUAUUUUGUGAUCAACCCACUUAAUUAAUACUACACAUAUUAAAAAAGGUUAAGUAUACCAAAGCAAUUAAAAUUGCUGCCAACAAAGUUUCAGUAUUUGUAUCACUACUGAAAAAUUGCUGAAUACUAUUGAGUUUUCUAUUAGUAUACUUAUUCAGAAAUGUUAUAAAUCGACCUAGUCUAUUAGUAAGCCCAAUAAGACUUCUGCAGUGGGUAAUAUGUAGAUCUAGAUCUAGCAUUUAUAUUACUAAGCUAUAUUUAUUAACUGUAUGAAUCCACGAGGAGUAUGAACCCACAAUAUUUUUCAUUUAUGGAAUACAUAAAAGCGAGGUCUGAAGCACUGCCAUGAUAUAGGUAUGUAUUUGGGUUCUGCGUGUAGUAUUUGAGGACAAUAUCGUUUCCCGAAACCGAUGAAUUGAUUAUCGUAAGUAGGAUCACACUUUUAUCGCAGCGCGCGGCUGAGAGGUCGACCUUUGACAAUAAAUUCGAUAGAUACAACCUUGUCUUGCGUUCAUUUUGUUCGCUUAGCUGAUACUUAGAUGCCUUUUGGUAGAUAAUCGAUGGUUUCUUUAAAAGACAUGUUUUGUAUGUUAACUCUGGCGUGUGAAAUGUAUUUUGACCCAUUUAUCUAUGUGUGAUGUAGUCAUUUGUUUUUCGUCUGAUUGAAGUUGUUCGUUGACAGAAUGUCUACGGUACUGGCAUGCAAUGUAAUUUUAGAUUUUAAGAUUAAUGUUUAUGAUUAUAAUAGAUAUGAAUAUUUUUUCGGUGUGUAAAAAAUAUUAUACUAAGCCCUGUGAUAAAAUCUUUAUGCACCCAAUAUUUCAAAAUAAUCCAAUGCAUAAUUCAUAACUUUAUUUUGUUCUCUGCUUACAAUAAAAUUCACUCUUAGCCUACGACACCCUUUCCCGUGAAAAUAUGAAGCGUCCGAAUCGGUGACUAUGUAUUUCUAAUGGUUUCUUAACAUUUGUAGGUUUUGCUGAAUGUUAUGUAGUGUAUUCCAGGACGCAGGAGUUAUUGUAUAUAGCUUUAUUAGAUUAGAUAUACCAGUUAAAGGUAAGAUACUUGAUCGGUAGCGACGUGAACUGCUGAUGUGAGCGGUGAGCGAUCGAUGAGAAGGGAAAGGGUGUCCAGGAUCGUCGGCCGUAAGUAAUGGGUGCAAUUGCCAUAUAUCGAGUUAGCCAUUUAUAGAGCACGUAAAUGUUAUUCUUAACGAUUGUCGUAUUAGGUGUUACAAGUAACUUAUCGAAUGUGCGUAUAUCAAAUAGCUACACGUACUAGUGCCGAUUGUGUGGUCUUGUACCAAAUCUUAGGAUUUAGUUUGUUAAGUUCCAGACUGAACCAAAUCAUAUGACGUCAUGUUGUGUUGAUAAACACUGAGUAAUAAAAUUAAUAAUUACCAAAAUA